AUGGUCAAUCUCCAGUCCCUCGCGCUCCUCGCGCUACCAAUUGGGAAAGCAUGCGCAGCUACAUACCACAUAAAGACAAACCCCAAUCAUGAGUCUGGUCCUCUGGAGUCAUUCGUCAGUUUUUCUAUAGAAUUCUCUUCGUUUGUAGACUAUGCCGGAAACCUAAGCCACCCAAACAGUUUCUCAUACAACUUGCUUAAGAACCUCGGAAACCUCAUGGGAAGCAUGCCCUACGUGCGAGUAGGUGGUAAUACACAAGAUUACGCAUUGUACAACUCAUCUCUCCAAGAAGCCAUCAACGGAACCUACGAUCCGAAAAAGUCGAACGACUACCCAACAACCAUUUACAUCGGGGACUCCUUUUUUGAAUCGUACAAUACCUGGCCGGGCGUCAAAUUUUCCCAUGGAUUCAACCUUGCCAAGGGGGCAGUAAGUGCAGAAGGCUGGGAGACGCUCGUGCGAACGGCACCCUUGGCUUGCAAAGCCCUAAGCCAUAAUAAUCUGGAUGUCUGGGAAUAUGGAAAUGAGCCAAACAACUUUCCCACUUCUGCGCAAGGCCCUACACGUCCAAAGACGUGGAGCGCCAAGGACUACACUAAUGAAUGGUUGAACGGCACGAGAGAAAUAACCAAGCAAAUCGAAGACCACUGCCCUAAGCUUAGGGGUUCUGCAUUCAUGGCGCCGUCGUACGACGACCGUGUCAGUAACUUGAAUGCUAGCCAGGUCUGGGGCUAUGGACUCGAUAAACGACGAAAUAUCAAGUGGUACUCUGUUCACAAUUACAUUGACGGAGCGACUUCCCCGGGCGUCACAUUACAGGGAACGUUGAUGAACCACAGUCGAACAAUUCGGGACGUAGACGAGCAGGUCGCAGAAUAUAAACGAAUCAUGGCCACCAAGAAGGGGUACGCACCACUAAUAUUCGGCGAGACCAACUCGUUAUAUUUCCAAGGUAAACCUGGGCUAUCCAACUCAUUUGGAGCGGCACUAUGGGGCGUGGACUUUAAUCUGUAUUCCGCAUCUGCUGGAUUUAAACGUGUACACAUGCACCAGGGUACAGAUUAUCGCUAUCAAGCAUUCCAGCCCGUCGACACAAACAAGACAUCAAAGGGCACAAAAGCCCCUUACUACGGAAACAUUGGCGUCGCAGCCGCUCUUGGUGAUCUAACCAGGUCAUCUGUCAGCGUUUCCUCCAUCCCAACAUCGUCAGAUCAAGAGACGGCGUAUGCCAUCUACGAAAAAGGGCAGCUGAAACGGCUCAUGGCCAUCAAUAUGCAUGGAUAUAAUACGACCAAAGAUGGAGCUGGCACGGAUCCGUUGCCGAAUCCUCCAAGGAGAGUGAGUCGUGAGUUUUCGUUUGUAGCGCAGAGUUUGAAAGGUGUGUCCGUUCGCGUGCAGCGUCUUAUGGCGAAUGGGAGUGAUGCCAUCACGGGAGUCACAUUUGAUGGGUGGAGCUAUAACUGGGAGUUGGAUAAUGGUAAGCCCGUUCGGUUGCAUAAUGUGACUGUUGGGGAGGUUGUGAGGGCAAAGGAUGGGGUGGUUACGGUGAAGGUUCCUGAUUCGUCUGCAGCGCUUCUUCAUCUAGAAUGA